CAUUAUCACCACGUUUGAGACCACUUCUUUGUGGGUUCACAGCAUUGUCUUCACGGGCAUUCUUGUGUGUGUGUGUGUGUGUGUUCUGGAGUAAAAGAGGGGGGAAGGAAAACAGUGGAGUGCUCCACUGUGGUGGUGUUAACGUUUUAUCACCAGCUGUGGAGAAUGGCCUCUUUGCUGUGGUGCUCCUACCAGAGGAAGGCAGCAUUAUCCAGUGUUGAGCUUUUGAAAUGAAGCAGACUCAUGACUGAGCCACUUCCUUCGCCCACCAGUGCUGAUUGAAGUUCGGUAACAGAGGGGACAGACGGAGAGUCCAUGGAAGUUGUUUCAGAGGCAGUAGUAACAGCGGACGCUGGACACCCAGAGCUUAUUUGUGGAUCUACCCCUGGACUGUCUGAACACGGAGUGGAGGACAACUGUGUUGCUGCUGAAAAAGAAACAGAACAUAAAGAAACUGAGGCAGCUGUGGUCCCUUCUUCUGCAUUUACGUCUCCUCAAAAUCCAUCACCUUCACAGUCGUCCUUCACUACAGACCAGACAUUCAGCACAGCUCUGGUUCAUGGUGAGCCAGGUAGCACCUCAGAGUCUGGAAAGGAGGGCACUGAGGUGAAAACUGAGGAAGAGCUUGAGUUGAAAGGAGAAAAUGUUGCAGUAAAGGACAAAAGCCUAGAGGAAAGUCCUGCAGGACCAGAUGUGACCGAGGACACAGAUAUGGACAUGACUUCUGAUUGCCACAAGGAGAUAACAAACACUGACGUGAACACGGACCCAGCCAUCAGCACACAGGAGGAAAAGGAAGCUCAUGCCUGUAAACCCAAGGUUUCUACAGCUGACGACCUCGACGAGAUGAUGGACAUCGGCACAGUGGAUCAGAUGGAACAAGAAGCUCAGAUGAAAGAGGGGGAGGGACCGAACAGUGCGAUGGAUGUGGAAAGCAGCCGUUCACCAACCACUUCAGACACAGUCUCAGCGGUAGAGGAAAGCAACACUGUUGAGGAGGAAACUGAUGUCAAACCCACUGUAUUGCCUCCACCCGCACAAGAGAACCAAGUGGAGAACGUGAAAGCAGCUUUGGACUCAGUCCAGUCCAGCUCACGUCCAUCGUCUGAAACCAUGACCAGUGCAGGAAGACGCAACUCAUCGCCAGCAGCCAUGAUGAAUGGGAUGAAAGUAGUUAAGCUAUCAAUACCAAAAUUAGACGCUGAGAGAUUACGUGCAGCGGUUCAGUCAAUCAAGUCGACUCCUUCACCACCUUUGGUCAAGGUGAAGGAUGAGCCUGUAGACGAGGAGUACGAACAGGCUCUAAUAUCCUCUGCAUCGAUGGCAAGCGUGAAGGAUGAGCCUAAUACUGCCAAGGAGGACUUGAGGAUUGGAUCGGUCUUCUCUGUGACUCCAGCUGCUGAAACACAGAUGCUGCCCACCGUCAACCCAUCGUCCAUGCACAUGUCCUGUUCCCACUGCAAGAAGAGCCUGAUGAGGGGACAGACAGCGUUCCAGAGGAAGGGCUCCUCGUCACUCUUCUGCUCCACCACUUGCCUCACCACGUCUCUCCCCACUGUCAAAGGAGUCACCAAGAUUUGCCACAACUGCCAAAAGCUGAUAUUUCGGCCUCAGGACGUCAUCCUGGCUCCAGAUGCCGAAGGAACCAUGAAGGAAUUCUGCAGCCAGAACUGUCUGACCUCUUUCAACUACAAGAAAAACACCGCCAAUUACAGGAGAACCGCCACCACCAAAAAACCACCGACAGUAGCACCACCGUCACUCUGCAGCAUGUGCACCAGAUACUGCAUUAGCAAACAUGAGGUGAUCCUGAGCGGUGCUGUCCACAAGCUCUGCGGCGACGCCUGCUUUAACCGCUUCCGAACAGUAAACAAUCUGUCCAUGGCCGGCUGUGCGAACUGCGGCUCCUACUGCCACAACAAACCGCUCACGCUGAAGAUAGAUGACAGCAACAAAACCCUGUGCAACGCAGAGUGCCUGACCAAGUACAAAGAGCAAACCAAGAUAACUCAGCCUUGUUCGAUGUGUCGAACCAGCCAUUCGCUGGCGGAGAUGGUUGACAACAAAAACAGUGAUGACUCUGUGAACCUCUUCUGUAGCAGCAGCUGUGUGAUGGCAUUCAAGGUUCAGACUGUCAGUGCAUCAGGUGCUCGAUUGAAUUGUGAUAGCUGUGGGAAAAACACUGUACCGGCCUACCACCUCGCCAUGUCAGAUACCUCCAUCAGAAACUUCUGCACACUACCAUGUGUCAUGGUUUUUCAGGAAAAGUUCAAGAAGACCCACAAACAGGUGAAUGUUUUCACCAAGUUGCCAAUCGGAUCCACACAAAUCCAGUCUGUCACACCGACACAACCUCAGCAAGACGUGUCCAAAGAGCCGCCGAAGCUCGACUGCUCCCAGUGUACCCGCAGCAUAAAUUUCAAACCUGAGCUCAUCCAGAUCAAGGACAAGAUGGUUUUUGUGUGUAGCGUGGACUGUUCUCACGAGUUCAAGAAGGCCAACUAUGUGACGAGCCUGUGUGAAUACUGUAAGAUCGAAAAGAUCACCAGAGACGCCAAGAGAAUUAACACCAAGGACUGCUACUUCUGCAGCGACGGCUGUAAGCUCCUCUUUAGACACGACCUGACAAAAAGCUGGGGGAAACACUGUCACUCCUGUGUCUACUGCCACUGUGUGUCGAAGAAGCUGGUGACGGCGCAGUACGGAGGCUCCACAGAGGAGUUCUGCUCUGAGGACUGCAGGUCCAAAUACACCAUGCUCUUCUGCCACGUUGCAAAGUGUGACACCUGCGGACGCAAAGGGAAACUGAAGCAGAGUCUUCCCAUGCUGGGGGAGGUUAAGCACUUCUGCGAUCUGAGCUGUCUCCUACAGUUCUGCAGCGAUAAGGUGGCCACACAGGGCGAGGUCUUCAAAGGUACGGGUGAGGCCACACCUGUCAUCGCCAACGUCAUCUCACUUGCAGGCCCUCCAACGGGGAAAUCCAAUGCUUCCGACAGAACAGCCCCACAAAGCACAGUCUCAAACUUUCAAUCAAAGAACUCUGGACAUGUCAGCAUUCAGACUGAAACUGUGAAACCUCAUCCUCCUUCUGGCCCAAAAAUCCUGAAGAACAAGGCGCUUCUCUGUAGACCACUGGUGCAGAACAAAGGGGUCUCCUGUAAAACACAGACCGCUGAUGUUGAAGCACAGACAGAUGACGUGUUCCCUAAAAUCAUGGUCCUGCCUGUCCCUGUGCCGGUGUAUGUUCCCGUACCCAUGAACAUGUACAGCCAGUGUACCCCCAAACCUGUGGGCCUGCCGCUACCGCUGCCUGUGCCCAUGUUCCUUCCUGUGACGAUGGACAGUGCUGAACGCAUCAUAGAGACCAUCCAGGAGAUCAAGGAAAAGAUCCCGUCUGAUCCUUUCGAGGCCGAGCUCAUCCUCAUGGCUGAGAUGGUGGCAGAGCAAGAUGAGAAGAACGACAAACAGGAGAGACCAAAGGAGAAAGUGGCUGAGAAAGAGACAGAGAGACAUGAAGUACCUGCCACAGAUGACCACGCCAGUACCUACAGUGACGACUUGGAUACAGACGACUUGGCCAGUUUCCUCAACAACUGGGAGGACGCCUCCUCUGACGCAGGUCUCAGGUCGCCGAGUCGAUCGUACGCCCAUGAGAAGAUUAUAGAUGUUCCUGUGGGCAUGCCCAGUGAGCCGUACUCCGAGCCCCCACCUCCAGCUCUGCCUCCCAUGGAUGUCGAAGCUGACUUUACUGUCGAGACUCUGGAGAAGAUGGCCCGCCUGAGAGAGCAGUCCCAGCAACCUCCGAGCCCUCCACCUGCCACUCCACGACGACGACAAGCUCACAGGAAAGCCAGAGAAAAGAAUGGUCGUAAGUCGCAGCGGUCGUCGAAGGCAACUGAAACGCCGUGUCAGAGGGGCUCUGCCAACAGGCCCACAGCUGUAGAAGUCCCAAAACUGAAGAGUCAGUAUGGAGUUGACGCCUGGAAGCGAUGGAUUCAGUGGAGGCAAACUCAGCCCAACCUGGAGAAACCACGCUUCGGUUCACGUCCCAUGGAGCUGAAGGAGGACGUUCUUCGAUGCACCACAGCUGAGCUGAGCUACGGCCUCUGCUGCUUCAUCACUGAGGUGAAACGACCAAACGGAGAGCCGUACUCCCCCGACAGCCUGUUCUACCUCUGCCUCGGCAUCCAGCAGUACCUGUUUGAGAACGGUCGUGUGGAGAACAUAUUCAUGGAUCGCUUCUACAACAAGUUCUCCACUGAGUUCACCAGUAUGCUGAGAGGUUUCAAACCCUCAAUCACAGCCAGUGGUUACAUCCAUUCCCGUGUGGAGGAGGAGUUUCUUUGGGACUGUAAACAGCUGGGGGCGUACUCCCCCAUCGUCCUCCUCAACACUCUGCUCUUCUUCUGCUGCAAGUACUUUGGCUUCACCACGGUGGAGCAGCACCGUCAGCUGUCCUUCGCCCACGUCAUGCGCUGCACUAAAACCAACCAGAACAACACCAAAACCACCUUCCUGCGCUUCUACCCACCCAUAUCCAUAAAUGAAACAGAUCCAGGGGUUCCAGCCAAGAAGCGUAAGGAGGAGGAGAUUAAAGAGGAUAUCCUGGAGAUGAUGGAGAACACAGAGAACCCUCUCCGCUGUCCGGUCAGACUCUACGAGUUCUACCUCUCCAAGUGCUCGGAGUCGGUCAAGCAGCGGACAAACCUGUUCUACCUUCACCCUGAGCGCUGCUGCGUCCCCAACAGCCCCCUGUGGUUCUCGUCCACCGCUCUGGAUGACAGCACCAUGGAGGCCAUGCUCAUCCGCAUCCUCACUGUCAGAGAGCUGCAUCUCAGGACGGGAAAAGAAGGAGGGAUUGGUCAGAAGACCCCUGAUGACCCACCAUUUAUACCUGACGAGGAGGAAGAUGAGGAUUCAGAGUGAUGAACAGCUAUGAGAACAGAAGUGACCUUUUAUUGGUUUUGCAGCUUGUGGUGUAAAUGGUUGUACAUUAACUGAAAUGUUCAUUUAAACAUGGCCCAAUAAACAUAAAUGGAUAGCAUAAAAUUCUCACAAUCAUACCUACAAUGUGCUGAACUGCAAAAAGAGUCAUACUUCCUAAGCAUCAUGUUGAUCAGGAUUUAUAGAAGAUCCUCAAAUGCACAGUGUCUGUGUAGCUGGGACUUGGACACUGAGAUGCAAGACUCAGCUCAACAUUCAGACUGUUUACUACUUCUCAGCAGGACACAUUGGUGAAUUUCUGCGUGUCUACUAAAUGGUUUCUUCUCAUGGAUAAUGCUACCAUUGUUUCCUUCCAUGUGUUAAUAUUCCUAAAAUUCCUGUACAAAUUGGACCUAAGUUUUUUUCAUAAGACAAACCCUCCUUCCUGAAGGUAUGGAGGUCCACAAUAAAGAGCAAGAGAGCUACAGUGAAAAACAGUUUUGAUUUUUGUUGCAGUGAGUAAUAAAUGUCCACCCCAGGAUACAAACUGAAAGCAUUUCUCUGAUGUAGAUGUAAAUCACCAAUCGUCAUUUUGUGUGGCAAACCUGCAGUACAGUUUGAUUUUCAGCAAUCCAUCAAUGCAAAGAUUAGUUGUCAGUCUCCCAGUCGAAGAAUCAAAGAGCAAAUGCUUAUUUCUGUACUCAGUAUUUGUGCACGUUUGUCAUACUGGAAUUAUUGGGAAGUCACUCUUGAAAAUUUAGGAAAUCAUGACAGUGGAUUUUUGUUUUGUAAUAUCUGAUUGUUUAACAGAUUUUGCAUAAGCCUCUCCAACUUGCCAUGUUAAAAUGCAGAAGAUGGAUUUACAGAAAAAAAAACUUAUGUUCUUCAGGUUAUCUUACUUUGAAAGGGUCACUAGAUUGUGAGAUUACAGAGUGACCUGUGAUUUUUGCCUUUUAUGUUAAAUGACAAAAUCAAUCUUUUCCUUUUACCUCAUCUAUAGAAGUGAACAGAUUUUGAUUACCAGUGUCUAAUUGAUGGAACUGAUUUGAGUACACUUAGGAAAAUCUUGUCUAAAAAUGUAGCACAUCUCUUUUUAAACAGGGUGAAGACUCUCAUGCCAUUUGAAUUUUUUUUUUAUAAUUUUACCCCAUUUGUUGCCUGAACAGUAAAGUGAACAGAAGAGUCUGAGUACUGACUUCAUUUUGGGCAUGCUUUUUCAUUCAAAGCUUCCUCUGGAGACACUGACUUUUUACCAUAACCCUGGAAUUAUAAAGUAAAAAAUACAGUCCCUUCAUGAAUAUCUUGGUUAUAUUAACCCUAAGUCUGAAGAGUAUGGCUGCCAAGGUUCACUAAGUAUUUUCUAUUGUAUGUUCUUUUUAAAUAAAUAAAGAAAUAAAUGAAUUAAAAAACAUUUCAAAACAUUGUUGUCCAGUGAGACUCAACAGUUAUGGAGGUUUAAGGUAGGCUAUAUAAUGUCUGCAUGUUUCAUAGUAUAUACACUACGCCUGUUUU